UUAAUUCUUGAAGCCAAGGAAAUGAAGCAAAACCUUUACUCCCAUAAUUGUCUUAUUCUGUUCACCUCAUCAUAUUUCAGGAUCCAUCUAUUCUUGUUGUAAAUAAACCGCCUGGGAUGGCUGUUCAGGGUGGUGUAGGCAUAAAAAGAAGUUUAGAUGAAUUGGCUGCAAAAUAUAUGAGAUAUGGCUAUCCAGAGNAUCAUAUUUGUCUCUUUCGAGCAUUAUUCUCAUAUUUGUGCAUAAUUUGUUGUCGCCAAGCUGGUUUCUAUUGUCUCUUUCGAGCAUAAAUCUCAUAUUUGUGUGUAUGUUGUUGUGGCCAAGCUUAUUUCUAGGUACACAGACUAGAUAGAGAUUGUAGUGGGAUAUUGGUGAUGGGAAGAACCCAAUUGAGUGCGACGGUUUUGCAUGCCAUCUUCCGGGAGAAGACGUUUGAAGCAUCUAGUGAUGAUGCUGAGCGUACAAAAAGAAAUUUACAAAAGAAGUAUUGGGCUCUUGUAAUUGGUUGUCCUAGACGUGCCGGAGGAAUAAUUUCAGUGCCUCUGGGAAAGGUGAUGGUGGAUAAUGGGAAAUCUGACCGUAUUACCAUAAUGGAUGAUGGCCGUGCACAAUCAGCACAAUGUGCUGUGACAGAGUAUCGAGUCAUUGAAACUUCUGAUAAGGGAUUUACAUGGUUAGAGCUAUCUCCUCUUACUGGCAGAAAGCACCAGCUGCGGGUUCACUGGGCUGAAGUACUGGGAACGCCGAUACUUGGGGAUUAUAGAUACGGGUGGCAAGCUCAUAGGAAUUUGAAUAAGCAAUAUCUUCUCGAGCAAAAGUGGGGCCCUCUUGGCUUCAAUAUGAGGAAUGGCAGCGUGUCUGAUAGGCAGCAGCCUCCUCAUCUUCAUCUGCACUGCAGAGAGAUGGUUUUGCCCAACAUAUCUCAGGCCUUGCAACAACAUGCUUCAGAUGACACUUUCUCAAAGGUCGAAAACAUAAAGCUCUUUGCUCCUCUCCCGCCCCACAUGCAGCGGAGUUGGGAUCAUUUGAAUUCUUAGCUGCCAUUUUGUUUAGAUUCACGAUAGUCGGUCUGUCUAAGCAUCUUAACUUUACUGCAUUACAUCGCAUGAAAAACACACAUAACAAUGAGAACCCAACUGCAUUGUCAUAUUCAAUGCUUUGAUUAAGAAUGUUGAUUUUGAACUUCGAAUAUUCCUUAAAUAAAACCAGGAGCUCCUA